AUGUCAAAGGAGAAUCAAAGUAGCGUUGUUCACCGCAAGGAUGCUCGAGGUAUGUGGCUAGAAUUGCAAGAGAGAUUCUCUCAGACUAAUACAGUUUUGUUGUUCAAUAUAGAGAAUGCUAUACAUGGGUGUGAACAAGGAUCAAGCUCAGUCAAUUCCUUUUACACGAAACUCAAAGGUCUUUGGGAUGAAAAGGACGCUCUUUGUUCCUUUCCUCCUUGUACCUGUGAGGCUGCAACGGAGGUCAAGACUUUCAUUGAAACUCAAAAGACCAUGAAAUUCCUUAUGGGAUUGAAUGAGAGUUUCGCACAAACCCGCAGCACCAUAAUAGGAAUGGACCCUCUUCCCAAUCUCAACAAAGCUUAUGCAAUGGUGUUACGUCAAGAGAAGCAGGCGGAAACUGUCGCUAACAAAUCCACACUUCCAUCAGAAUCUUCUGCCUUUGCGGUCAAGGGAGUGAACAGAGCCUACAAUCCUAAAGAAGGAGAGAACCGCAACUUCAAUCCUAGUGCGGGAACAUCAAGAUUUUGUGAGAAGUGUGGGAUGAAUAAUCACACUGCUCGGUAUUGCAGGGCACACUUGAAGUGCACAUAUUGCGAGGGCAAAGGGCACACCUACGCAUAUUAUCGCAGAAGGAAGAAUGAUAAUGCUGCUGCUGAAGGUGGACAAAUUCGAUCCAAGGCAAAUCAUGUUGAGGCACAAAAUGAUAACAAGGAAGCUGCUUCUGUCAAUUUUCCAUUCACAAAAGAGGAGUGUCAACAUCUCCUCAACCAACUCAUAACUCAAACAAAGCCUGCGUCUGCCAAUUUGGUCGGUAACAUCUCAAACUAUGAGGAACUUUCAGGAUCGACGAUCGGGGAGGAUGAUUGGGACGGGAACUGA